GCCUCCCCCCCCCCCCACCUCCCUCCCUCCUUCCUUCCUUCCCUCCCUCCCUCAGCCACCAACACAAAUCUGUCCGCCGGUGAGUGCACGCGCAGCCGCCCGCCACCGGACCACUUGAGUGACUAGCGAACGAAGAUGUCCGAAGCGGUACUGGUGCUGGAGUGAGGUGUCAACAAACCGAGGGGAGGUGGGCCAGCGUCUCCUCUUCGUCCAGCUCGAGUUCGGGGGGUGAUCGGCAGCCCGGGUGCAGACAGGAGACAUAAAUGGUGGAAGCAGUUGUUGAGUUUGCUUAUAAAGCUCAGCAUGAUGAUGAGCUGACCAUCUCCGUGGGUGAUAUUGUUACUAACAUCAAGAAGGAAGAUGGAGGAUGGUGGGAGGGUGAACUUAAUGGCCGAAGAGGUUUGUUCCCUGACAACUUUGUAAGAGAAAUAAAAAAAGAUGCAAAAAAAGAAAAUCAACCAAAAAAACCUGCAGAGGCGUGUGGAGGCGAGUUCUCCAAUGGCAGCCUGGUGUCUUCAAAUGAACCUACUCUUAAGAGUCCUGGCAAAGCUGAAAAAAUUAGAUCAAGACGAUGUCAAGUGGCAUUUAGUUACGCUCCUCAGAAUGAUGAUGAGCUAGAGCUGAAAAUCGGUGAAAUCAUUGAAGUAUUGGGUGAAGUUGAGGAAGGUUGGUGGGAAGGUAUCCUCAAUGGCAAAACUGGAAUGUUUCCCUCAAAUUUCAUCAAGGAGCUCCCAGAUGAACCAGACGAAGUGGUUAACACUCAAGAAGAUACCACCACAAAAGCAGAUGUUAAGGACCAGGGAAGUCCAGAACAGGAUUCUGUGGAUACAUCUAGUGGGAAAAUGGAUGGAUCAAAUUGUGCGAUAGCAACAGAAAUUCAGCCAAAAAAGAUAAAAGGAUUUGGCUUUGGAGAUAUUUUUAAAGACAAGCCUAUCAAACUAAGACCAAGAUCCAUGGAAAUUGAGCUUGAUACUGUUGAGAAGCCUUCUGGAAAGAAGUUACCUGUUGUUCCAUCUUCUCAGGAGCCACCAAAAUCUGAACCAGACAGCAAACCUAAGGGUAAGGAAUAUUGCAAAGUGUUAUUUCCAUAUGAAGCACAGAAUGAAGAUGAGCUGACAAUCAGAGAAGGAGAAAUUGUAACUAUUAUAAACAAGGAAUGUGCAGAUGCCGGAUGGUGGGAAGGAGAAAUCAAUGGUAAAUGGGGAGUUUUUCCUGAUAAUUUUGUCAAGCUGCUGCCCCCUGACUUUGAAAAAGAGCGACCUAAGAAACCUCCACCGCCUUCAGCUCCAACUGUGAAACCAAUACAAGGACCCAAAUAUGAUGGUUUGAUCGUGGACAAAAAGAAUGAAGCAAAGAAAGUACCUCCAGAAAGGCCAGACUCCUUACCAACAAGGAUAGAGGACAAAGAAGAAAAGCCAGAGAGAGAUCAGAAAGGCAUAGAACUGUGCAAGCCCGCAGUACCUGCAAUACCACCGAAGAAACCUUUGCCUCCUAAGACUAAUUCUUUAAACAGACCAAAUGCAUUGCCUCCUAAAAGGCCAGAAAGACCAGCAGUACCUGCAGCACAUACCAGGUCUGACAGUGAUCCAAAGACAGAAUUAGGAGCUUCGGGUCUGUUUCACAGUACAUCAGAGAAAGAGACCUUGGAAAAGACCAAUGACAUUGAUGUAACAAGUUUUGACAGUGUAGUCACUUCCACUGAAAAACUCAACCAUCCCACAACGUCCAGACCGAAAGCCAGCGGACGGCGCCCACCAUCACAAGUCUUUACGUCUCCAUCACUUUCUAGCCCUGAUUACUUGGACUCACCAGUUUCACAAGAGGAUGAAAGAGAAGAGCAAGAGAGAACAGAAUUUGAUUCCAAUGCGGCAAAAGUAAAAGAAGUCAUAAAGAAAGUUCCCAGACCCAUCCCUUUGUUACCUGCAUCUGACAAACCAUUGCCACCAAAACCAGGAGUUGCAGUUUUGCCCUCUGGAAGUAACACACAUGUGUCAAUGGGCCACACAUUCCAUCACAAUCUCCCCUCUACUGGAGGACAGAGGCCAAGCUUGCCGGUACAGUACAAUACUGAUCUGAAGCCAAAGAAUCAGGAUCCAAUUGAAGAAGUGAAAGCACAAGUGAAGGAAUUGAGAAGUUUUAUUGAAAUGAUGAAGUCUCAGCAUAAAAAAGAGAUUACACAGUUAAUGAAUGAAUUAGAUGAAGAAAAGAAGAUUCGUAUUUCAUUACAAAUGGAAGUGGAAGGAAUUAAGAAAGCACUUCAAUCAAAAUGAUUGGUUAUUACCUGGAGAAAAUGCUGCAGAGACAUCUCCGAUAGCUCCAAGGACUUAAGUUAUGAUGCAGCCAAAUUCAGUUCGUGCCAAAUUAACUGAACUUUUUCUUUCCCCUGCAUCUUUUAUAAACAGGUUUUCAUUUUUUGUAAUGCAAAAAAUACUGUUCACAUGGUAACUGCAGAACGAUUUUAGUGUUUUCCUAAUACUAAAUGCACUGACGUCUAAAAUGGCUAAUGCUAUAGGCUUAUAUAUACAUUUAUGUAUGUAUAUGCAUGUGUGAACCACACACUUGCAAAGUAAUUCAGAUGCAAACAACCCCAUGCUAUUUGAUGCUAUUUUUCAAUAAAGAAUGUAAUGUUUGAUUGCCAGUA